CCUGCGUCGUAGAAAUCACCGUGACCAUUGAGUCUCUGAGGGGCUUUCCAACCUAUCUUCUUAACCGGCUUAUUCUCUUGACACACCUAGCUAUGGCGGCCCCGGGCGUAUUCAAGGACAGGACGUACUCCGACCCCAAUCCACUGCCUUCAUCUGUUCCUGCAGUGGAUGAACUCGGAACGACUUCAGCUCCGCUGAAAAGCGCAUCCUUCUUCAUUGGCCAAUACUGCAAACCGGUCAACGAUGAUUUCAUGUUGUGCAAGCAGGAAAACCAAGACCCCGCGCACUGUCUGAAGGAAGGGAGAAAAGUCACAAGAUGCGCUGCGGAACUCAUCUCGAAAUUGAGGGAGAACUGCUUGAAAGAGUUUGACGCUCAUUGGCAGUGUCUAGAGAACAAUAAUCAGUACUUCCACGCGUGUCGUAAGGUCGAAAAGGAGCUUAACUCUUGUGUCUUUACCAAAUUGAACCUUACAAAGAGCAUACCUGGAACACCAGAAGGUAUGCAGCAGAUCCACGAGAAGAAAAACCCUUUGUUUGGCCCACUUACAAAGUGACAACAACAUGCAUC